GUUAAACCAGCACUGUACCUUAUACUCAUUUGGUUUUCUGCUCAGAAACACACACACACAUUCGUGCUGACUGCAGCAGUCGUGUCUUUUACACACCGAUGAACGCAAAAACAAACAUUGAGAUAAUUUCUCUGGAUCAGACUACUUGAUAGCAAUGGACAUCUGAAUCAAGACAGUGCAGAAAAAUCUUGACGGCGCCAGUCCGCUUCUUUACCACCACUGAAUGCUCACAAGGACAAAAGGAUAAAAAACAAAACAAUACAAUUCUUGCCGAAGUCAAAGCUAGAUGAAAGGCACUUUAAUAUGAGAAUAAGGGGAUGCUCUAAAUCACAGAUCCUUCAGACAUUUCAGGCGCACUGUCAGUCUCUAGCAGCCAAUGACAACGCAGGAUACCGACAGGAAUUUGAGGAGCUGGAAGAUGUUGGCAGAGAGUACACCUGCAGAGCUGGACAACUGGAUGCCAACAAGAAAAAAAACAGAUACCCCCUCAUCUUACCCUAUGACCACACCCGUGUUCAGCUCUCUCUGCUGGACUCCAAACUGCACUAUGACUACAUCAAUGCCAACUAUGUGCCUGGUGGGACAUCCGAGCAUGAUUUUAUCUGCACUCAAGCACCUCUGCAGUGCACCAUGGUGGAUUUCUGGCGGAUGAUUUGGGAGAAAAAUGUGCCGCUUAUUGUUAUGGUGACCGCGCUAAGAGAGGGCAGCAAGGUGAUGUGUGAUCAGUACUGGCCACCCGAGCAAGGAACAGGAUGUUAUGGAACGGUGCAGGUGACCACAGUUUCACACCAGCGCCAUCCGGAAUAUUGCAUCACCACAAUCCGCUUAAAGCAGCAGGGUUUCCAGGCUGUGCGUCAUGUGACUCACUAUCAUUACCCCCUCUGGCCUGAUAAGGGGGUCCCGCAGGACACAUCAUCUCUUUGCACUUUCACUGAGCAUGUGCGCCAACACCUCAACAAUAUCAGCAGCCACGGACCAACAGUAGUUCACUGCAGUGCAGGAGUGGGUCGUUCUGGCACAUUUGUGGCGUUGCUAUGGUUACUUCAGCUGUGUGCAAGAGAAAUUCCUCCUAACGUCCGUUUGGCUGUGCAAGAUCUACGUAAAUGCAGAGUCAUGAUGGUACAAAACAUUGAGCAGUACAUGUUGGUGCAUCAGUGUCUUCUGCACUAUCUGGGUGGAGAAACAUCCAAACCACGCACUGAUUCCUGUGCUGCCCCUGUGUCGCUGCAUCCUGGAGUACAUCAUGGUCAUGACAGUCAAUGAGAUCACAGCGAGGGUGGCAGAGGUGUUUGGAGCGGGCACGGCAAAUUCCACAGCCACAACAGAUUAAACACACACAUCCAGAGUGUAUCACACAAUCAAGCGCUGCCCAGCCUCCACCGACGCCACUACAGUACCUACAGACAGCACUGAAGAGCAUACACCCUGCACACCUGCUGCGCAUUAUAAUGCCAUCAACACACAACCGAUAGCACACAUCUGAAAACGGAUUCAUCUAGAGCAGUUGUAGUUUACUCGACUAUGUUUUUCUGAGGCACACAAAUAUACGGCCGGGGCUGAACCGAUUCUGCAUCACAGUAUUAUCUAAAGUAACAUCUCUUGAGUGUGAGUGCAAAGAAUUACCAUUUGUCUCCUGCAAACUGAAAUGAUAAUCUAUUCAAGCACACAAAGCCUUAAUGUUAAUGGAUUGUUUAACAGAAACUGAUGUGUUUAUUAUAUUUUGUGAUCUUGUUAGUUGCAUUUUUUUUUUUUGGGAUCAUUUCUAGGUUUGAAAUAAUGAAGUUGACAGGACCAACUCCAAACAGGAAACCCUACAACUGUCUGUAGAUUUUUUAAGUUUAGAGUUUGACAUCGAUGGAGUUGUCAUCCAACGAAUGUCACUAGCCUAGUUUCCAUCCACUUUUCGCGCUAUGUUGUUAUCGACAAAGUGAAAAUGCAUUUUGGUAAAAUGGGGAGAGAAUUGAGACAAUUCAUUGAAAUUAACCAGCUUACUGUCAUUUUAAUUUCACAAAUAAAAGCAAUUAGAAGAGGAGGAAUUGCAAUCAAAAGGGAACAGUUGCCCUUCUGAUAGGACUGUAAAAUUGGUCCUGAUGUUGCACCUAUCGCAGGUUAAGGCUAAUUUAAGUUUGUGUAAAGAAAAAGGCAUAUAUAGGUCUAAAAAUAAAAAUAAAUUUGUUUGGUAAUAAAAAAAAAAUUAUUUAAUGCUUUUUUCGUUUGGUAAUUUAUUUAAUUAAUAUAGGAAAUAAUGAAAUUUACAGAAGGGUGCACCUCCUCUGGUCCCAGUAUGGGUUGCAAAAGAUUAUAGGGAAUUGUCUUCAGUGCUUUGCCCAUUCAUGAGACAGCAAACUACAUGCAGCUGGACAUUUCAAGGAAUUUGAGGAGAAUAUUCACAGAGUCUGAACUGGAUUGUUCCCUGAACUUUGUCCAACUGUAUGCUGAUACCCCUCAUACCUGUAUCGCAACCCCAUAUGUUCACCCUGUCAGUGGCUGCAUAGUCACUUGUGGCCUGUCGCAUCUUGACCACAUGAGAAAGACUCUUUCCAAGGCAGUACAGUACCUGGACCACAUGGAUGACUUGGUGACCAAACGUUGGUCCCAGGAGUCAGAGUGGAGCCAGUGGCUUUGUUUGAAGAUGACAUACCCCAUGCAAGUGAUGCAGACCCCAAUUUUGACAUGACAGAACUUGGUACCCUGUCGUCCAAUCACCCCUUGGUUGUUCCGUUCUUGCACAAGAAUGUUAAUGAAAGGGUCUUAACAGUUGUGGAAGAGGUGCUUAAACACUUCAAGUGCAUACCAGUGUGAGCUGGCAUUGAAGGAAGUGUUCUUUGGACAGUCAGUUUCUCCAUUGACAAACGUUUUAGUGUUAGCUUGGGGACAAGUUUCAUCCAUCCAGAGAGUGUGACCUUGACUCUGAGCUUUCUGGGACCUGCUCCUCCCAGCAGUGCAAGUGUGGGUCCAUCUCCUCCCCAUUGUCCAACUGGACCAGGGAUGAUUUACAGAAGCUGCGAAUCAAUAGAUUGUUCCAAAAAUUCAGGCCACAAUGUGGAGCAGUACCUCUUGCUAGGACUGCAAGAUCUGAAACUGAAAUACUUCCCAGCUAUGAAGUUCUGGACUACAAGGAACAACAAGAUGGUCAGUUAGUCCUUUAAAGAAUUUUUAGAUGUGCAUGACCGAAAGGAUGGCACCUUUAAUCAGGCCAGAGCUACAACAUUGGUAGGGGACAUCUGCAUGGAAAUGGAGAGAUAGUGGCAUGCCUUGGUUUGAACCUGUUCUUGUCAGUUUGCUUGGAGCUGCAGGGUCUGCUAAAGGUGCUGACUUUCUGAGCUGCAUGGCAAAACUCCAGAAUAGAGACUAUUAUUUGUUGAGACAGCAUGAGGGUGAGGAUGACACCUUUGUUUCUCAUAGGUAACAGUUAAUAGCUGACAGCAUAUGCCGCCCAAUGAUGUUCAAAUCAAAUCAAAUCAAAUCAAAUCACUUUUACCCAAUGUUCCAAGGUCAUUUGUUGUAAAAUAAUGGAUUUCAUGUAUUGACACAACACUGUUAAUAUAAUUGGGACAGCAUGCCCUGAGGUUACCUGAGCAGCUUUGGGACAGUGCAGUAAAAUCUCCUUAUAACUAUGGAAAUCCUUGGCCUAAAACCAUGACUCAAUUUUAAUUUUCAUCAGACUUGAACAGCUUUCAUUCGAUCUUCCCCAAUUUUGACCAAAAGUUAUUAAAAUAAUUUCAUCGUUUCAAACUGUUUUUCUCUAUUGCUCCCGCAAAGUUGACAGGAAUGAGGCUGUAUCUUGGCAACACUUUGGCCACCUACCCAUCUAAAGUUGUCAGUUCAGGUUAAAUCUGCUCAUAACCUUUGGCCUAAAAUCACAGUUUUGCUGUCCUUCUUUGGAUCAUGCCUACUGUAAUGUGUGAUAUGCGGAUCAAGACUGAAGUGCCUUAUUGCUUUUAUAAAAUGCCGGCAACAGCAAUAUGAUAAAAGACACCAAUGUUCAAAAACAGUUCUUCUUUUGCCAAGAAAUAUAGUUUAUUAUCGUAUUUAGGCUGUUUGCAUUAAGAGUGAACAGUCUGGUUUCGAAAGUAAAAAUCCCAUUAUUUUUUCCAUUGGGGAAAUGAUUUUUAAUGAUAACUUAUAAAUCUUUUACUGUGAGCUAUGAGGUUGUUAAUCAAUAACUAUAUGCUCAUGUUGAAGCCAUCAGUAUGGGUUAUUUCAACUUAAUUUUAUAGAAAUGGUGUUUAAUAGUACAAUUCCUGGUGAAGAACUACACUACCCAUGAUCCUGAGGGAGAAUCCACUAAUCAGAGAAUCGCAGUGUCAAAAAACUCUGCAGAGACCACCCACUCCCAUGAUGCACUGUGUAUGACGCAAUGGAGUAGGUCUCCCCACACUCUCACACUACUUGUGUCUUUGCAAAUAUCUGAAUAUAUCAACAAGAUCAAGACAUAAAAAUCCCAGAUAUUUUCUUUAAUUAAUUUUGUUAAUCUGUUCUAUUUAACAAAUGUACAUGUUUACAACAGUGUAUGUUGUACUGCUGUGGGGAUGUCAGGUAGAGGAAAAACAGGUCUCUUUAAAGAGAAAUGAGGAAGAUCAGUUCUACUGUUUAGGCAAGCAACAGCAAAAAUUACAACAAUGCACCUUUUUUACCUACAUGCCUUCUGUUUACCUGUCAUUAUACCUAGAUAAAGGGUCACAGUCAUGGCGAGACAUCUAGUGAUCAACAGUGUAAUAAAAUACCUUGGUAUGAACGAACAGGAAUGCAAGCAUACAGACAAUAUAUCAAACACUGUAUAACUCAGCUUUCAGCUAAUUUACGACUUCAAAAUAGGAGACAAACUUAUACUAGGCCUGCUUUUAAAUACAUAUGUCAGCAUUUUGAACACAUUUAGGGGCAAACAAAUGACAUUUUUGGCCGUUUAUAGUAUGGAUCUAUGCUUUCAAGUGGAUGAAUAUUUAGGUGGGACUCUGCCCUACCUGCCCAUAUAGAUGAGCCGCACCAGCAAACACCUGUGAUUAAGUGUCUCAUGGAGAGCUGACACUGAACGAGUUGUUUACAUCCAGAGACUAUUUAGCAGAGAAGGGCCACAUCUAUUUAAAUAAAUGGGAGAAAUUAGUACGCCCAACCAAGAAGCUCUAACGCCCAACAGUCAAUGGAUGUAGAAAGGAAGUCCCGCCUUACAAGUAAAAGAGCCAAUCACCUUUUAGAUACAAGCCAGGAAAAUUGCGUGUUUUAGGUAAAGUCUCAAUAUGAGGUAAAGAAGCACAAUUUAUGAUUCCAGUUUUAUACAAUUUUAUUGCUGAUUUGAAAUGUUUUUGAUUGUAACCUUGACCAACCAUUUUUGAGAUUUUGGUGUCCCCCCCAUUCAAGUAGAUAGGAGCUGCACUGGCAUGACUGGAAAUAGCCUCCCGGGAGCAUUCCAAAGAUGACCGACAGACUUGCUAGAAAGUCUUUGCAUCUCAAUCAGUUCCCUAGUUCAGUUGUCAGGGCACUGAUCAGUGAGUUGGCCAUUUUAAGGGCUGUCUUAUUCGCAAAAUCGUUCCAGUGCACUGAAAAGUUUGCUCCCUAAAAAAUCCCACAAUGCACCGUAAAAACCAUGGAGCAUCCUUGCUCACUAUUUUCCCUUAUUGGAAACAUUGUCAUGUCCUCUGAAAUCUCUCAAGUUGUUAGAAGACGAGCACAAGUGUAAAACUAUGAAGUCCGAAACAGCCCCUAUCCACUAAAUAGUGCACAUUUUGUAGUGGUGUCCGAAUUCAUUCCCUACAUCUCGUUCCCUACAUUUGUUCACUCAUUCUUACCCACAAUGCAAUCUGAUUUUGAGUGUACAUACGAUGUACACUCUCCGACCCCUAUUUCCUAUAAUCCAACGCAGAGACGGCGGCAGAGUGCAAAAGAAAAUUGCAAAUGGUGGAUGCAAACACCAGAGGUGGCAACUUUGACAAAUGGACGGAUGAAGAUGUAACGUGUCUCAUAAUGAGCAGGAUGGCCAAAGGGCAUCUCUUCUCUGGGCGCAGGAAUGGAUAUGUCUGGAAUUGACUCCAGUGGAUGGGAAACUGUACUGAAAGAGAUGGGUUUGCUUGGUGUGGUAACCCCUGCAAAAGCUGCCAAAGCUGAAAACGAAGAAAACCUACAAGGGCUGGAGGAAGAUCAUCAAAAUCUGGAGCAGAGACGGCGGCAGCUAAGUGGUUUCUUGUGUGUUAUCCACUCUGCGGGUCUGUUAUGUGCUGGUCAUCAGGGACAUCGUUGUUCACUUGGCCUUCUUCUGGCUCUGUGAUGUCACCAUUUGUGAUGCAGGUGUUGUGCAGUACAGCACAACAAGCUAUGACCUCUGGAGCAAAGACUGGCUUAACUUCAAGGGCCUUGAAAAAGAUGGAUCGCCAUCAUGUUUUCAAACUGCCAAACGAUCUCUCAAUUAUAGACUGAGCUUUUGCAUGGUGGGAGUUGAAACAACGCUGACUUGCAUUCUGGAGUGGCUCUCUGUAUGGUGUAAUAAGAGAGAUUGUGUGGCUAAGGCAGGGGUAACCUCCAUCUCCUAAAAUGUGGUAACCCUCUGGUGGGUACAGUGCCUUAGUGUAGAUUGGGCUGUUCAUGAGCACUCUGGAGUCAAGAUUAGAUCUGGAAUAAUCCACAAAAAUGUCCAGGUAUUUUCCUUGGUGGUCACAGAUUGCUUGUAGCUGGAUGGAAUAAAACAACUUUCUGUUUAAGUAGCACAUCAGCAGAUGGUGGCUUGAUUCUAAUGUGACAGCCAUUAAUGCUACCAGCAAAGACAGGACUGCCAGCCAGGUUUGCAAAGCCAGCACUGAUUUCCUCAAGCUCCUGCAUAGAUGGGAAGCGGACUACUCUCUGUUUGAUCUAGAGGAUCUUUUUUGUGACUCUGUGAACAAUUAUGUUCACCAACAUUAGUUCAUCCCAGUUUGGAGAGGACGCUGGCGCACGUUAGCAUCUACCUUCUAUCAGGGACUUGUGCAAAGCAGUGGAUUAAACAAGUGGAUCUCACUAUGAUAAGGUACUCCUUCUCCGAACUUCUGUUCCGGCAACAUCAUGCCCGUCCUGACAUCAGUGUUAUACAAACUUUGUGAUCCAUGUAACUUUUCCGUCGGCCUAGUUAUGUGCACAGAGGCUCUCGUCAGAAACGCUGCAUUACUGGAGCCAUAUCCUGGUCGAGUCGUAGACGCUUGGUUCAUCAUUACUCAAUCUGCCGGGGUAUUUGCCCUAGUAACCUAUGUUAUCCUGAAAUUCACUCUGACAAGUGCGGUGGGAUUACGCGUCUCAGUACUGUAAGACUCGUACAUUUAAUUACAAGGUCACUGAAUCAUAAAAUGGCUCUCCCAUCUGACAUUAUUACAGACAGAAACCUUGAUGUUUUCUGUCUCAGUGAAAUGUGGCAUAAAGACAAUGAUUACCUCAAUCUCAAUAUGUGUGCCCCAUCUGGUUAUAAGCUUAUUGAUAUGACGCAAUCCACUGGUAAAGGUUGUGGACUCGCUGUUAUUUACAGAUCCGAUGUGUCAAUCACUGAAAUCGCUGCACCCUCUGUUUCGUCAUUUGAAUGUUUGGUUUUUAAAAUCAAUGGUGUUUUGUCUGUUCUUGUACUGCUAAUUUAUCAUCCUCCUAACCUAACCCACUCUUCUUCUCUGAACUUACUGAACUGUUGACACUUCUAAGUCCUAUUUGUUCAGCUAUGGUAUUAACUGGAGAUAUUAACAUUCAUGUUGACAGUCCGAAUUGUGUUAAUGCUGUCAAUUUUUUGGAAAGUAUUGAUGGUUUUAAUUUUACCCAACAUGUCAACUUUCCUACUCAUGGGUCAGGACACACAUUAGAUUUGGUUUGCUCCGCUGGUGAUGCUAUUCAGUCGCUGGACAGCACUGAAAUGAGUAUAAGUGACCAUAAGCUCAUUACUUUUGAACUCAACACUUCAACUUCAAAGUCUUUGAUUGAAGGUGUUAUCACAUUUAGAAACAUCAAGCACUUGAACUAUGACCUCUUCUCUAACUCUGUUUCUGUGCUUCCAAUUUUUAAUUCAGUUGAGGACUAUAAUUCUGUUUUGUCUACUAUGUUGGAGGAGUUUGAACCUCUGAGAGAGCGUGUUGUCACCUUUAGGAAACCAUGUCCCUGGUAUACAACUGAGUUACGUUUACUGAAGGCCAGAGGUAGGCAACUAGAGCGGCAAUAUAAAAAGUCUAGCCUAACAGUUCAUAGGCAUAUGUUUGUUCAACACCAAACUGAUUAUCACAACUCUCUCAAUGCUGCAAGUAAGGAUUACUACUCUAAAAUCAUUAGUGAUGGGGCAGAUAAUCCAAAUGUAUUAUUUAAGAUUUUAUCCAAAAUUUCUACUUGUUCAUCUGUUGACCAAUGUAAUAUGUUUCUCAAUUAUUUCAUUGGUAAGAUUGAGAAUAUAAACAACUCAAUAGCUUCUGUCCCUCUGUCUGAGUUGCCUCAGAUUCUACCAACAAAUCCUGUGACUCAUGCUUUUUCGAGUUUUGCAAUGGUCGAUAUUGAUUUCACUGUCAGAACCAUUAUGUCCAUGAACUCAACUAACUGUAUUCUUGAUACCCUUCCAUCAUCUGUUCUCAGGGGCUGUCUUCUAUCUAUUAGUCCUCAUAUCACCUCAAUUGUGAACUCCUCAUUAAAUUCUGGUUCGGUUCCCCCAACACUCAAAAUAGCAGCAAUCACACCAGUCCCAAAAAAGCCUCUCUGGGACAGUGCUGGACUGGUUCAGAUCGCUCUCAGUUUGUCAUCUUGGGUAAUAAUAAGUCUGAGACUGUACCAGUGCAUCAGGGUGUUCCACAGGUGUCAGUGUUGGGCACCACCCUAUUCAGCAUUUAUAUGCUUCCCCUCGAGCAGCUUAUUGGGAAGUAUGGCCUUGGUUAUCACUGCUAUGCUGAUGAUACACAAAUCUACAUCAGCACUGGCCCUGAUAUUAAUUGCACUUUAACUGUGCUGACGGAUUGUCUGCAUGAAAUUAGUACCUGGAUGCAGCAUAAUUUUCUAAAGCUGAACUCAUUGGUACACUGGCUGCUACACGUAACGUUGACCUAAAUCUUAAAUUGAUGGUUGACAACAGCCUUGUGCUUCCCUCCUCUCAAGUGCGGAACCUAGCUGUCAUCUUUGAUGCUCAGUUGACAUUUGAUGCACACAUUAAAAAUAUUUCCAAAACAGCCUUUUACCACCUUAGAAAUAUUGCCUGACUUAGGCCCGUCCUCUCUCUGGCUGAUGCAGAAAGUUUUAUCCAUGCCUUUAUCACCUCUAGGCUGGAUUACUGCAAUGCCCUCUUUUCUGGCCUACCAGCAAAAACCUUAAAUAGGCUUCAGUAUAUUCAGAACUCUGCUGGUCGUGUUCUUACACACACCUCACCAUGUCUACACAUUACACCUGUGCUCUCGCAGUUGCACUAGCUUCCCAUUCAUGCUCGUAUUGAUUUUAAAACUCUAAUUUUAACAUAUAAAGCAGUUCAUGGUAUUGCACCAGAGUAUCUUUGCAGUCUUGUUGCGCCCUACACUCUCUGCCAUUCUCUUCAUUCUGCCAAUUAAUUUGCAGUUCAGCAUUCCUCCUGCAAACUUAAAUCUAUGGGGGAAAGAGCUUUCUCUUUCAGAGGCCCUAAGCUAUGGAAUGCUCUUCCUUUUACUAUUAGAAACGCCCCAACCUUGGAUUGUUUUAAGAAGUUACUUAAGACUAAUUUAUUUAAGGUAGUCUUUUAAUAUUUAUUCAUAUUAAUUUUAUGUGUGGUUGCUGCUGUAUGUUAGUAAUUUUGUCUUUAGUCUUUUUAAAUUUUUUGAUAUGGUGGUUGCUGUUGUAUGUUAUGUGUUUAUUCAAUGUGUGAGUGUAAGAAAAGAGCAUUAUAAAUAAAAGGUAUUAUUAUUAUUAUGUGCACUGUUGAACGGGGUAUGGCAAAUGCUCUGCAAACGACCCGGUAAAAAGUUGCACUUGCCAGCCAAAAUGUAAAGUGGUGGAGGACACCGACAACAACCCCGCGAAAAUGUGUGCUCGUGCACUUGUGUUAGUUUUUGUUGGUAGUUUACUUUUCUACAAUUUUUUUUAUUUAAAAAAAAUAUAUAUAUAUAAGACAGUAGCGUUUUUAUUAUUUUUUAUCUUUAAUGACAUAAAUAGUAAACAGUUCUGUUAUAUUUUUAUGAAAAAUCAAAUAUACAUAAACAUGACAAGUUGUUGAAUUAUUUUCUCUUUAUCAUUAAUGUAAUAAUCAUAACAAAUGAACAGUUGUGAAAAGAUUGUAUUAUGAUCGUUGUAUUGUGAUUAAUA